UCAUCACAUACUUCCUCACUAACACACAGGCAUUGCUUUUUUGUUAUGUUAUUGUACACAUAUAAAGCUUUGCUAGGUGUCCCACUUAACCAAUACUCACCAACAUGUUUCUUGAUUUGUUCUGCAGGUGUUUGAUGCCAGAAAGUGCAAGACUACUCAGGAUAUGUUCAAGUCUCUGUGCGAACACUUACAGUUUGCCACAAAUGGAGGAAGCAUAAGGUCUGCGAUUACCGUCUUCCCUCUGAGAAAGGGAGACAUGCAAGAUUUCCGGGUGUGGAACAGCCAGUUGGUGAAGUAUGCAGGUUACCAGAUGCCUGAUGGCAGUAUCCAGGGAGACCCAUCCAGUGUAGAAUUCACUGAGAUCUGUAUCCAGCUUGGAUGGAAACCUCAGUACGGCCUCUUCGAUGUAUUGCCACUAGUCCUGCAGGUCAACGGGGAGGACCCAGACCUUUAUGAAAUCCCUCCACACCUGAUCCUGGAGGUUCCCAUGGAACACCCUCAGUAUAAGUGGUUCCAAGACCUUGGACUGAAGUGGUAUGCUGUGCCUGCGGUGUCCAACAUGCUGCUGGAGAUUGGUGGACUUGAAUUCACAGCCUGUCCCUUUAAUGGCUGGUACAUGGGCACUGAAAUUGGUGUGAGGGAUUUCUGUGACUAUCAGCGUUAUAACGUCUUGGAGGAAGUUGGUCGCAGGAUGGGCCUGGAGACACACAAGCUGUCCUCACUGUGGAAGGACCAGGCCUUGGUGACCAUCAAUGUUGCAGUCAUAUACAGUUUCCAGAAGAACAAGGUGACCAUCACAGACCACCACUCUGCAGCCGAGUCCUUUAUGAAGCACAUGGAGACAGAGUUCCGGCUGCGUGGCGGCUGCCCUGCAGACUGGGCCUGGCUGGUUCCUCCCAUGUCUGGCUCCCUCACCCCCGUCUUCCACCAGGAGAUGGUCAACUACAUCCUCUCUCCCUUCUUCUACUACCAGCCUGACCCCUGGACGACCCAUGUCUGGAGAAAUGGGGAGAAGUGCCUGAGGAAGCAACAGAUCAGCUUCAAAGCGGUGGCCAGGGCGGCGCUCUUUUCUUCAACCCUUAUGAGCAGAGUGCUGGCUAACAGGGUGCGUUGCACUGUCCUGUACGCUACUGAAACAGGGAAAUCACAGACAUUGGCCCAGAGACUGAACUCCAUGCUAAACUGUGCCUUCAACUGCAGGUUGCUCUGUAUGGAGGACUAUAACUUCAGUGACAUGGAACAGGAGAGCCUUCUGGUUGUGGUAACAAGCACCUUUGGGAAUGGAGACUCCCCUGGAAAUGGAGAGAGUUUCAAGAAGCAGCUUUUCUCCUUGCAGUAUCUCAGGAACAAGUUAAGGUACUGUGUGUUUGGACUGGGCUCGAGGAUGUACCCACAGUUCUGUGCGUUCGCCCAUGCCGUGGAUGCCAAGCUGGAGGAGCUGGGGGCAGAGCGGGUGACGCCCACUGGAGAGGGGGAUGAACUGAACGGACAGGAGGAGGCCUUCUCUGCCUGGGCUCUCACCGCUCUCAAGGAUGCCUAUAAGGAGUUCAACAUCCAGGGACAGCUGAGUCUGCAGCUCCCUGGGGCAGAGCGACUCUGCGAGGCCUGGGACCCUCUGAGAUACCGCGUAGCACUGGAGAGCUGCUCCCAGGACCACAUCACAGCACUUUCAGCCAUUCACUCUAAAACUGUCUUCCCCAUGAAACUGAAGAGGAGACAGAAUCUACAGAGCCCCCAUUCAAGCCGGUCCACCAUUCUGGUGGAGCUGGAGAGGGAGACAAGUGCAGAGGUCAUGAACUUUGCUCCAGGAGACCAUGUUGGUGUUUUCCCAGGGAAUCUCCCUCAACUGGUGGCUGGAAUCCUAAAGUUCCUUCCCCAUACACCCGCAACCAACCAGUGCCUACGACUGGAAUACCGCUCUGACUCCUGCCUUGAUGAUGAGAAAAACUGGCAGACUGUCAGACGCAUCCCAGCAUGCCCUUUGUCUCAGGCGCUCACCUACUUCCUGGAUGUGACCACGCCCCCCUGUCAGAACCUCCUCCACAAGCUCUCUCAGCUGGCAAGACAGGAGGGGCACUGCCAGCGUCUGCUGACCUUGGCAAAGGACUCUCAGGAGUACACGACCUGGAAGAUGUUCCGUGUUCCCAACUUCCUGGAAGUCCUGGAGGAGUUCCCGUCUUUAGAACCCUCUGCAGCCUUCCUCCUCAGCGAGCUGCCCCUGCUCAAGCCCCGCCUCUACUCCAUCAGCUCCUCCCCUCAGCUCCACCCCAAUGAGCUACAUCUCACUCUGACAGUGCUCAACUAUCACACACAAGAUGGACAGGGUCCUCUUCACCACGGGGUCUGCAGCACCUGGCUGGAUACCAUUAAGAAAGGAGACCUGGUACUAUGUUUCAUCUACAGGUGGGUUCCACCUCCCAGCAGAGCCCAGCACUCCAGUCAUUCUGGUGGGGGCUGGCAGUGGCAUUGCGCCCUUCCGAAGCUUCUGGCAACAACGGCUACAUGACAUGAAACACCCAGGGUUCUCUGGAAGUCCUAUGAGCCUGGUGUUUGGCUGCCAGAGUUUGGAGACAGACCAUUUAUACAAAGAGGAGACACUGGAGAUGAGAAG